AUGUCAGACACCUGUAUUGUUUGUUUGGGAGACCUGGGGGAGGGUACGGGUGAUCCUUUGGAGCCCGUGGGAGACCUCAGCCUCAAAGAUGAGGACUCCCAGAUCGCCCAGUUGCUGCCCUGCGGUCAUAUUCUACACAAUAAUUGUCUGAAGCCAUGGGUGGAACGAGCAAACAGCUGUCCCAUAUGCCGACGAAGUUUUAAUAUGGUGGAGUUGAGUGACCGGCCUGGAGGCUCUGUUAUCUCCUCAUAUGCCGUUCAAGAUCGAACCCAAACGGCCGAAGUUGAUCCUUCUAUGAUCAUUGAAUACGUGGAGGAUGACUUGGCCGACUACGUCCCAUGCACGAUAUGCGGGUUGGCCGAUAACGAAGAUGUCCUUCUUUUGUGUGACGGAUGCGAUACACCGUCCCAUUUAUAUUGUCUCGGGCUAGAUGAGAUUCCAUCGGGAGCAUGGUAUUGCCAACAAUGCGAGUCGCAUCGUGCACUGGGUCCGGCGCCCGAGGUACCGGCGCGACCAUCGCGGGCUGAGCAGCGUAGCCAGCGCACCCGAGCUCAACAGCGACGUCUUCAAAAUCGCAACCAGACAAACUCUCUACAUUGGGCACGGGUUUGGCAGUCUGUUUGGGACAACCUCAACCUCGAUCUGGACUUUCCGUUCGACGACGAUCGAUCCGCGGAACGUGUGAUCCAGCAGCGCCGUCGCGAGGAGGCUAACCAGCGCGAAUUCCAAGCGUGGCAACGUCGUUUCGAGGUCGCUGAGCGACAAGGCGGCGGAAACCGCUUUCGCGAGGCAGCGCCCUUGUUCGAUGUCGAGGCCGCCCGCCCGUCGCGCCCUCGGGUGCCUAGAGUCCCAUCUCCCGAGCCAGAGUCACUGGAGGAAAUGCGUGCAUGGAAUGCAUUUGAAAGAGCACGAGAAAUUGAGAACAAUCCAAAUGCAGCUAGGAAGCGCAAAGAACCCACCAUGUCGCCUUCUCCAGAGCCCACCGAGCCUCAGCGCAAGCUGAAGCGCCCUCGAACAAGAAGGCCGCAAGAGCUCGCUGCCCUGGCUCAACAGAGUCAAACUGGUGAAUCGUCUCGAGCCGGUGCCGCAAGUUCUAGCGCACGAUCGAACGGUGAUACCACGGCUGGACCAAGUGGACCAAGCUUCCUCUCGUCAUUACUGAAGGAAGUCGAAGACGCACCCAGUCGAACUAAUUCAUACGGACCCUCCGCCUCGACAUCUGUCGCACCAACCGACCACCCCUCACCAGGUCCCUCCUCUCCAUCUAUCUCUCCAACCUCUUCCGGCUUUUCGUCUCCCCUCUUCUCAGCCACACCCCCACCUUUCUCACGCAGCCGUCCCAUCUCUCCUCUCCAAUUAUCUUCCCCAUCCGAACCACCAUCCCCUCCAUUCUCCCCCGAGCUUCCACUCUCUACCAACCCACCACCCAACAAAGGCGAAUCUACUCGCAACACCAUCCGACCUCGCUCCCGCCUCCCCCAUCGUCUCACCGUCGCCCACUCCCGCUCCCCCGACUCAUCACCCACCCGCACCGGUCCAUCCCUGGCUCUGAAAGCAGACAUCCAGAAAAUGGUCGGCACAGCAUUAAAGCCCCAUUAUAAAAAGAAAACCAUCUCGAAAGACCAAUACACCAAUAUCAACCGCAGUAUCUCGCGCAUGCUCUACGAGCGAGUCGGUGACCGCGAAACCCUCGAGCCGGACGAACGAACGAACCUCGAUACAGAGGCGAAGCACGAAGUGCAGAAUACGAUCGAUGCGCUGAAGAGGAAAAGCAAAGAUAAGCAGAAACAGCGCGCUGCGGAUGAUGUUUCAUGA